AUGGUUAUGACACUUGUUACUAGGGAAGUCACUCCCCAACCUGAAGUAACGUAUAGUGCACCUAUCAGAGAGCUCCUGUCUAAUUUUUCUGACUUAGUCCCUGAUGAUCUCCCAGAUGAGUUGCCUCCCAUGAGAGACAUACAGCAUGCCAUUGACUUGGUACCUGUCAAGAUUGGAAGGCCUGGAUACAGGGUGACAAAGCAAUUUGAUCCUGACACAAAACAGAGAUCUCUUCUUUUCCAGAUUGAAUACCCUGAAAUUGAAGACAAUUCGAAGCCACGGCACCGUUUUAUGUCAUCCUUUGAACAGAGGGUGCAAUCCUGUGAUAAAAGGUACCAGUAUCUUCUGUUUGCAGCUGAGCCAUAUGAAAUCAUUGCGUUUAAGGUUCCUAGCACAGAGAUUGACAAAUCUACGCCCAAGUUCUUCUCGCAUUGGGAUCCUGACUCAUAA